UUUUGGUCAAUCAUUCUCGGCGUGAGAGAUGGGGUCACGGGAUGCAACAAGUUGAUUAUACGGUCCAUGGAUGGAAUGGGAAACGCGACACGCAACAGGAAUCGUCUGGGCUGGCGCACCCCAGGUGACCUCACCUUGCUUUACAUUGCGCACAAAGUACACCGAAGGCGCCGAGGAUGAUUUGUAGCUUCCAUGCUGGCAUGGAUAUCUCUUCUCGCCUGCAUCUCUGGCGCAGGCGCACCGUUGUUGUCCACAUUGCGCCCGUCUCGGUGGUCCUUUUGGGUUCCUUUUGGAGGACCUGGAGAGGGAGGACACCAGGCAAGAUCGGGAAGGCAAGAACGGUCGUUUCCUUUCUUUUUUCUUUUUACCUAAAGUUAAUGCUUAGUUUGGGUUCAUUAUGUACUCGAUUCAACGGUGCGCGAGACCAGACCAGGCCAGACUACAGCCCGUCUCACGUCCGUCCAGUUCCUAUCGUCGUUCAAUUGAGGGGAGGUGAAAUGUCACGAGCGAAUGAAAUACUCCAUUGAUAGAUUUUUCUCCUUCUCAUUCUUCCAUCUCCAUGCUAAACGAUCUUAUAUUUCUGAUCAUCGUAGUGUGUGUUCCUUGUUACACGAUCUUUUUUUUUUUUUUUUUUU